AUGGCCAAAUCUCUCUUCUUCUUCUUCUUCAUUCUUUCUAUCUUCUCCUCCUCUGCUCUCGGCUCUUGCUUGACCCUUUUAAACGCCGCCGAGAUUCUCUCAAACUCCGGCUACCUCUCAAUGUCCUUGACCCUUAAAAUCGCCUCUCAAACCAUUAAACACGAUUCACCGACCGCCACCGUCUUUGCUCCGGCAGACCAAGCUUUCGUCAAGUCAGGCCAACCUUCCCUGUUUCUCCUUCGCCGCCACGUGUCCCCCGUAAAACUCUCCCUCGAAACACUCAAGACUCUUCCUCGUGGCUCAGUAAUACCCACCAUGGUCCCCGACCAUCCUCUAAUCGUCACCGCUUCUCUCUCCGGCGACGGCUACAUCUCCAUAAACGACGUCAGGAUCAACGAGAAAGCCGUUUUUGGUGAUGGGUUCGUAGCUCUGUACGGUAUAGACAAGUUCAUUGACUCAUCUUUCUUCCGGGCUGAUCAGCCGCCGUCCCCAGCUCCGGCUCCGGCGCCUGCCCCGUUCCACGGCAAGACAGAUUCUUUUGCUUCGGUUGCUGAGUUUCUCAGGUCGAGAGGUUACUAUAUAAUGGCCACGCUUCUUGAUGCCCAAUUGACCGGGCUCGGUGACGGGACCAAACUGACCAUCUUUGCUCCGGUGGACCGAACUUUCGAUUACUAUGCAUCGAAUAUAAGCGAUUACGCUUUGAUUUUCCGGCGACAUGUUGUGCCGAGAAUGAUGACGUGGCAGGAUUUGAUUGGAAGCCAAGUUGUUGGGACAAAGCUUCCGACUUUUUCAAGGGGUUUUAUGAUCGAGGUGAGGGUUUCAAGUGAUGGUAUUCCUAUGCUUAACGAUGCACCAGUUGUGUUUCGAGAUAUAUAUCGAAGUCAACGGUUGAUUGUUCAUGGCCUUAAUGGGUUUCUCAAGCCUUUCACUGAUCAAGAAUGGAAUCAAGAUUCUUUCUCUAAUGGAUUUGUUGGUGAUGAUUCUCAUGGAUAAUAAUAUCCACUAGGUUGUUCUUUUGUUUUGUUUUUCAUUGUAAGAUUCAUGAUUAUCAGAUGACAUUUGAUUCAGUAAAGGUUAUUAGUUUUGGUCAUGAUUGACCGUUAAGUUAGUUAUUUGUACUUUGUCAUUCAUGUAACUAAGAGAUUUUUGUACUAAAAAACUCAUUUCACAGAGGAAUAAAAACCUUGCUAAAGGUGCUUUGUGCAAA